AUGCCACCUUUGGAGGAUGUUGGCUUUGUGAUUAGUGCUGCAGGUAUCAAAGUUGAUCAAGAGAAGGUGAAAGCCAUUCAAGAGUGGCCCAUGCCAACUAGUAUCACCCAAGUUAGAAGCUUUCAUGGUUUAGCUAGUUUCUAUCAAAGAGCAUUGAAGACAUGGCAGCACUACUUAUGGCCUAAAGAGUUUGUGAUUCACACAGAUCAUGAGUCCUUAAAGCACAUAAAGGGACAAGGAAAGCUUAAUAGGCGCCAUGGCAAGUGGAUGGAAUUUAUUGAAACAUUUCCCUAUGUUAUUUGCUACAAGAAAGAGUCCGGUUUGCCAUCUUCUCUCCAAGUUUUGAAGAUUGAACACUGCAAAAAUCUGAUAUCCUUGGUGCACGAGGAGGAGUACAGUAAUUGUGCAGCUACUUGUUUGGAGUCAUUGGUGAUAAGAAACUGUCCAUCUCUUAAAUCCAUAUCAUCGGCCAAUGGCAGCUUACCAGCAAGGUUUAAACACCUUUCCAUCAGGUAUUGUCCAACUCUCCAGUGUUUAUCAUGGGGCAAGUUACCAGACAACCUUAGAAAUCUUGAAAUAUAUGAUUGUGAUAAUUUAAUUUGCUUAUCAUCUUCCUGUGAGCUACCUGAGGCGCUUGAAAGCUUCCAGAUCUGGAGUUGCAAUAGGCUUGAAUCCUUAAAAGCCACAUUGCCCAAAUCGCUUAAAAGCCUUCUCAUAUGUAAUUGUGGACAGCUGAAGUGGAUAACAGAUAGGUUUGAUGGCAACAAUUGUCUUCAAUAUAUUUAUAUUAAAUGGCGCAAGGACCUUGGAUCAUUACCUGAGGGCCUCCACCACCUCAUCAAUCUUGGUACACUAAUUAUUGAAAAGUGUGAAAAACUAGUUUCCUUCCCGCAAGGAGGGCUGCCAGCUUCAAACCUGAGAAUGAUAUAUGUGAUAUGUGAUAAUAUGGUGGCAUAUCCUAGAGGCAUUCAAAACCUCAUCUUUCUUAAAAGAUUGGAGAUAUCUUACAGUGAAGGAUUCAUAAAGGUUUUAGAAGAAGUUGGUUUUCCACCAAACUUAAGUUCGCUUACCAUUAGGAAUCUCAAGGUGUGUAAGCCACUCUUGCAGUGGGGAUUGCAUAGAGUCACCUCUCUUAGAGAGCUUCAUUUGAGUGGUGAGGCUACAGAUAUGGUGUCAUUUCCACCUGAACCUGAAGAAGAAGAAGAAAAAGAAGAAGAGAAUGUGGAUGAUGAGCUGCAGGGGAAGAUGAUGUUGCCAAACUCUCUCACCACCCUCAAUAUUGAGAGUUUCAAGAACUUGGAUAGGUUAUCCGCUGGAAUUCAAUGUCUCACCUCUCUUCAAUAUCUUUCCAUCUGUUACUGCGAGAAGCUCAGUUCCUUCCCCGAGGGGGGUCUGCCUCUUUCCCAAAUUUCCUGGCUUAACAAUAUGGCCUGA